AUGAGUAGACGAACACCACUCGCGCGGUCUCGUUCCCUUCCAGAGCUCCGCAACAUCGCCACCUCCCCCCUCGCCGCCGCCGCCGCCGCCGCCAUCUGCACCGCGUCUGCCUUAGCUCCUUCAGGAGAGGGCAAGCGGCAGAGGAGACAUAGAUCGUGCCAUGCGCUGAUCUCGGCGCUGAAACUCGACGUGCUGUUUACUUGUAUUUAUUCUAGGACUAUACAGCUGUGCUUUGAGGUUCAGGAGUGGGCUAGGCGGAGGCGGAUGCGUGAGCGGGAGAGGGGUGCCGAGCAGACUGCGAGGACGCAGGUGCAGCUUAAAGUCCCGCCUCCGCCUCCGCCGCCUUCGGUGUCGACGAUACCACCGACGCCGACGCUGGUUCGUAACCGUCGCCAAUUUGACUCCGCAGACACCGAGGACGCUCCGCAGCAUCUACCAAAAAUCAGACUGCCUUCCUCCUCCUCUUCCUCCGCCGCUACACCUUCCACGCGCGGCCGCCGCAGCUAUACUCUCCCCGCCCUCCUCCGCCGCGUCUCGUCCUCCUUCGCAGGAUGUUCCUCCUUCCCCUCCUCUCUCUGUGGCGGUUCUCUCUCUCUACACCUAAAAUCCUCCUCCUCGGCAGGAAAUAAUAAUACCCCCCGCGCCGUCUCCGGCGUCUGUUUCUGCUGCGCAACGGGGUGUUGA